GUGCGCUCAGACCAAAUAUACCUAAUCUGGAACGAUCCCAUCUGCGACUCUGACGUCAGCAUUGUUUACUUUUGCCUACACCCCGCCUUCUCCGGUUAGCAACUUGUGGCUAGCUGGCUAUCUUGGAACAGUCUCACAUCGUAUCCCUUCCGUCACUACCGCGAGUACAAGGUUGUUCUACAGCUCUAUCGGUAAGCAAACGUCGAUUUUAUUCAAUGGCUCAUGAUAAUGGCGACAAAACGUGAGAAGCAGCUUCCACGGAGGGUCCGCGGAUCGCCUCGACGGAGGCGUUGAGGGCAACGUUCAGCAGGGGAUCGUGAGGCGAGGCGAGGAGCUUUUGUUGUAACGUUACUGUUAACGUGAGCUAAGGUCCGUCCGGAGAGUCCUUCCCGGUUCAUGUAACGUAGUUCUAGAUGAGUGUUGUAAAGUAGUUAUCACUAUUCUACCAGAUACGGGCUUCGGCAGGGGGCUCCUUUCGCCUCGACACCACCAUCAAGUGAAAUGUCAGAUAGCUCAGCUCUCCAACUCGAGAUCUUUCACUGAUCAUACGUCGACAAUGAGUGAUAUCGCACUCUGUACAGUGUCCACACGUCACCGUUGGAUAAUGACCCUUUAAGUUGUAGCCUUUCGGAGUUAUGGAUCUCGAUAACAGCCACUCACGAUUAAGUCUUGAAAGGUGCGGUGUAAGUUAACAAGCGAACGCCGUUCAGUCCGUUGUACUUUAUCUCCUGGCCGUCUCUACCGUCAUUAUCCUUUAAUAUUUAGCGUUCAAAAAGUGUUGUGUUUUAUUUGAUUACAAGGCAUGUAGCCCACACGACGUCCAUUUAGUAUGCUGUGUAAAUAUCUUAAACGGACAUUAUAUCCCGCUAACGUAAAUCCAGACUAUUGAUAAUGACGGCCAACGGUUGCAUGACAAAUAUAGCAGCGCGCGGCGCUCUGUAUCCAAGCAACCGCACGGUGCAGGUAUCCACUGGAAGAAACUGCAUGUAAUGGGGGCCCAUGUUUUGUGGUGUGCUUUGGUUAGUUUAUUAUUGGUCAGUGAUUGAGUGGACCUCCCCCAGUUCCAAUGUCAGUUGUAAUUUAUAAUCACUUAAAUAAUUGAAAAGUUGUAUGUGGGUCAGGUUGGAAUGUAUUUUUCUCAUGCAAUGUAGUUGUUACGCACCCAAAAUGCCGCCUAUGUGGUUAAUUGUUGUUUCUAUCAAUCAACUCAUUCUAAACUUCUUAUCAAAACAAAUGCAUACAGCAGGGCUGAAGCAGCUCUUUGAAGCAUUUAACCCUGUCAUUUACAUAGCAUAGAUCAUGCCGUAUACAGUGAUUUUCAGACUGUACUGUAUAUGCAAACAUUUUACAAAGCUGUAUCUCCUACAUUGGCAUUUAACUCUUCUAGCCUACGCAUAACAAAUGAUGGAGCAUAUCAUCAAUAUCAUAAUUUCAAUUUCACCACAUAAAUGAGGCCCCAUCAUUGAUUUAUAGUCCAUAGUCGAUCCAACACAUGUGCAUUGAAAGCUUGAUAAGUGCUUAAGUUAAGAUUGAAACCGACUCCAAAGAUAAACUGCGGGACUCACUGUUGUCUCAAUAAGCUUUGGACCAUAUAAUAUAUUAUUCUGUAAAAUUGCCAAAUGAGGUUCGUGUACACAUUUUGCUUUCAUUAUAAUGUUAAACCAAUUACGUGGUUAAAUGCUGAAUGGAAUUGAUGUACGAGUUGCAUAAGCAUCAUGACAUGACAUCAUGGCUACAGCACUACUCCCGUCAGCGCUGAGAUUUCAUGGCCAGGUCUCAUGUUGUUUAACCUCUUGAGUUUGAACUCUGUGUUCGAGAAUACAUUUUCUACGUUAGACGUGUGUACAUAUUUGGGUGCAUGUGCUGCUGAGUGAGGAGGCCGGUUGGAAACUCUUACCUUAACGACAUUCCUACGGAUGACAUGUUGCACAUUCGUCACUCACCUCCACCUACAGUUUACAUAUUAACCUGUUUACGACUUGGUUUCGUGCGGUCGGUCACGUGGAGAAAAAAACCCAUCUUGUUUGUUUUUGGGGGUAAAAUUUCCAUACACACUCAAAGCCUGACUUUGAAACACGUCAGAUGUUUGUGUUUUACACGUUGUAUUGUAUUCUUGUAAGCACAUGAAGGCAACAUUUGGAUAAAGUGACUCGACUAGCCUGCAGUUUUAUGAGGAAUUUGUCGAUGUUGAUCCCACAAUCCUAGUUGCGGCCUGUGCAAAUCAUAACAACACUUUAAACGAUUUGUUCCCCACGGUGUCCUUGUCCCAGCCAGUAACCCCAGCAAUACAUGUAGCCUGUCUUUCUAGCUCUAUCCUCUCAGUAUUCUGAAAGUGCCUUAUCAUUGAUUUCAGUUGGAAGUCGGAAAAUUAAGGUGUGAAUCAAGUCUUCUUUAUUCUUUAUUUCUUCUUAAGUAUCCUUAUAUAAUGUGUGCGCUAACUUUGUAUUUGUUUGAGGUUUAACAUUUUUCUCUGAUUUGAUUUAACUGAGGAUAGAAUAAUCCACCAUACACCAGUCUUUCCCAUUUAGACAGCCACCUGCUCCCAGUAACAGUCUUCUUUAUUUAGCUGUUCAGCAUUUGCAAAUCCAGAAUAGGAGCCAAGUUUUAGCAUUGUACUACCUGCUAGGGCGGUUUCUGCCGUGCCACCUGGUUAAUGGUAAAUGACUCCAGAAGGAUGUUAUGUUUGCACAUAAACACAGAUCCAGGGUCCCUGUGUUUACAGUAGCCAUGGCAGCAAUCAGUUAUUCAACAAACAGCCCUGGUCCGAGCUUGUUCUGUUCUCACUUGUAGAGAAGGCAAUGUUUACCUUGGUGGGCAGAGUCGUUUGUUAGCUUGUAGUUCCUGCUGCUUUUCAAAAGACCAGUCAGCUCUUUGUAGAUGACUACACAGUCUAUUCCAGACAGCCCAUGUUGCCAUUGGAGUCCAGAUGCAUGAGACUGGGUCAGAUCAGAUACGCCACAACAGCCCUCCUCUUCACACAGCCCACUGGAGCCCCGCAGACUAUGAGGACCAGCUGAGUCGGAGCUGUAACCACACUCUUCCUCCAGAGGCUCCACGGGUCCCAGUGUCAGUGUCCAUGAUGACCCCGCCCGCCGAGGCUCCGCAGCAGCUCCAGCAGACCGCCGCCCAGCAGUCGGUGCUCAGUCCCCAGCAGCUGCAGGCCCUGCUCCAGCAGCAACAGAAAGCCCUCAUGCUGCACCAGCAACAGAUCCAGGAGGUGUUCAAGAACCAGCAGGAGCAGCUCAACAUCCAGCUCAUGCAGCAGAAGAACGCCGGCAUGGUCAACCAGGAGCUGACAGCCCAGCAGAUGGCCAUCCAGCAGCAGCUGCUCCAGGUCCAGCAGCAGCAUCUCCUCAACCUCCAGAGGCAGGGCCUGCUCUCCGUGCUGCCCAAUGGCCUCAGCGCCUCACAAGGUUGUGAGAACGGUAACAGCCUGUCCCCUGGUGGAGAGAGCAGAGAGUCGUCCUGUCAACCGGCCUCCACCAAUGGGAAUCACUCAUCUCUCCAUAGGAAAAAAGAAAGCGUGUCAUUGGACGACCUCGGCAAUCACGCGCUGUACGGCAACGGCAUGUGCAAGUGGCCAGGGUGCGAGAGCGUCUUCGGGGACCACCAGGCUUUCCUCAAACAUCUGAACACUGAGCACACACUGGACGACAAGAGCACGGCACAGUGUCGUGUGCAGAUGCAAGUGGUGCAGCAGCUGGAGCUCCAGUUGAAAAAGGACAAGGAGCGACUACAGGCCAUGAUGGCCCACCUGAAGUCGUCUGAAAUCAAGCAGGCGCAGUCGGGGAACGCGGCCUCCAACGGCUCAUACUCCCAGGCACCGCCGCCCAAGGGGCCCCUGCCCAUGAGCCUGUCCCAGAGUGCCACGGCGCCCACCACGCCCCUGACGCCGCUCUCCGACUCCCCCGGCGUGCUCACGCCCAACGGCGUGUUCAGCGGCACGCCGGUGCGGCGGCGCUACAGCCGCUCCAUGAGCCAAGACAUCGUGGACAACAAGGAGUUCUACCUCAGCACGGAAGUGAGACCCCCGUUUACGUACGCGUCGCUCAUCAGACAGGCGAUAUAUGACUCUCCCCGGAGACAGCUGACGCUGAAUGAGAUCUACAACUGGUUCACCAGGACCUUUGCGUAUUUCCGGCGGAAUGCGGCGACUUGGAAGAAUGCAGUGAGACACAACCUGAGCCUCCACAAAUGUUUUGUGCGGUUGGAGAACGUGAAGGGGGCCGUGUGGACCGUGGAUGAGAUCGAGUUCCACCGGAGACGGCCGCAGAAGACCACUGGCACGGGGUCGGCCAUGAUGAAGAGCCCCCAGAACCUUCCGGGUCAGAGCUCGCUGCGCUCCGUUCCUCAGAGCGGCCUCCCCGACUGCAACAUCGCCUUCUACAACCCGGCUUCCAUGGGCAGCAUCCCCAUGCACUCACUGCCCCACGUGCUGCAGGAGCAGAUGAACGGGGCCUUCCCCUACGCCGCCGGCUACCAGAGCGACAGCAGCGCCACGCAGUCCCCCCCGCAAGCCUUCCCGUCGGAUUUCAGAAUUGUUCACCUGACUCUGUGUGUGAUGACAGCUCCUUCCAGCAUGUCUGCAAAGGAUCUUGACUGCUUUGAGCUGGAGAAGAAUACAGGUCCUAAUGCUGAAGCCACUGUCACUCACCCAGAGGACCAGUCAUUCAGAGCGGUGGCCCGGCCGCUGGCCAAUGGCGUGCGACGGCUGAGCACCAUCUCGGAGCAGGAGCUGGUGCUCAGUCCCCAGGGGGGCGGGGGUGACGCGUGGGGCAGGUCCAGCCUCUCCCUGGCCUCCGACCGGAGGUACCGCAGCAGCACCAGCUGCCUCUCCACCGAUGACUCGUACCAGCCGGCCCCCGGAGACUACUGUGCAGCCAUGGUUCUCUCCUGCCUGCACUGUCGUUUCCGUGAGCUGGCGUGGGCCCUGCCGGAGGUGUGCAGCAUGGCCCUGCAGCGCCUCUUCCCCUCCUGCACGCACACGGAGCUGACCGGGGGCGAGGCGGACCCGCCGGGCCGCGACUGGUGUGGCUGUACGGCGCUGGAGCUGGACUGCAGCGGCUGCCACUCCUGCCAGGACGCGGCCGAGCUGCUGGAGUUGGCCAUGGAGAUAUCAGAGGUCUGCUACCGCUGAGGGAACCCGCACGGGGAUAAGACCACCUUUGGGGUCCCGGUCGGGACGUUUUUUCCUGGACUCCGUCCUGCAGCGCCAAAGAAGAUAGAAUUGGACAUGCAGCGUUGUUGAAAACAUCCGCAUCCCAACCACACACAUAGCGCUCAUAUUCACACACAGACUUAAAGGGGUUCCACUCCCGCCGUAGAUUAUUGUCAUUAACCACGCGUGUUUCUUGAUUAUAUUGUGUGAUAAUGGCAUGGGUAUGAUGGAAGAGAAGGCAUGCUAGAUGCUCUAAAUUCGAUACACCUGCCCCUUUUGGAAUACUUCCCAGCCUAAAUAAAGCACAUAACUGUGUUUAAACCAUGUGACUUUAAUAG